AUAAAAUAACGUUCUGUCUCUUUGUCCUUUUUUCCCCUUUGCGAAUCGGAAAGGAAAAGCAGAAGCUGUCGUCUGCUUCUCUUUCUCUCUCUACUUUCGCUGCAAUUUAUAGCAGAGGCUUCAAGCUUGUGUUAAAUUAAUGGAAGACCUUAGAAUCUAAACCAUUUCUCCAAGACGCAAAAGCGCUUUUCUUUUUUCUUUAUUUAUAAAACGGCACAGCGUUUUGGAUCGGUAAUAGAGAGAUUGGGAAAUUUCUUUAGUCUUAGGGCAUAUGGCAGACUCAUCGAAGGAAGAGCUGUUGCAGCUGAUCAAGCGAUUCGGCGCUUACAUAACUGUCAAGAUGUCUAAUCUCUUCUCGAUCUCUUUCCAUAACCUGGAUUCUCGAUCUGUUGGGGCUGUUGCAGGCCUUGCUGUUGCAAUAGUCUUUACAUGGAGGUUGUUGAGGUCACCUGGCAGACCUCAACGACGGCAACCAAAACGACAAUCUCCUACAACUAGUAGCUCUGUUGUCAGUACUCAAUCAAAUUCAACAUUGAUACCAUCUGGAGUUUGUUCAUCAUCAGAGGAUUUGAGAGCACAAAAUGUUAUUGAUGAAUUCUUUCAACCAGUAAAACCAACUUUGGGACAGAUAGUUAGACAGAAAUUAAGUGAAGGAAGAAAGGUGACAUGCCGUUUACUUGGAGUAAUCCUUGAAGAAAGUGCUCCAGAUGAGCUUCAGAAACAAGCUACUGUGAGGUCCUCUGUGCUGGAAGUGCUAUUGGAGAUAGCAAAAUUUUGUGAUCUUUAUCUUAUGGAAAGAGUUCUCGAUGAUGAGAGUGAACAAAAGGUUCUUGCAGCUUUGGAGAAUGCCGGUGUUUUCACAUCUGGUGGUCUAGUCAAAGACAAGGUUCUCUUUUGUAGCACUGAAAAUGGACGAUCAUCUUUUGUCCGGCAAUUAGAACCAGAUUGGCAUAUUGACACCAAUCCUGAAAUUGUUUCUCAGUUGGCCAGGUUUAUCAAAUAUCAGCUUCACGUUUCUCCUAUUAGACCUGAGCGGACUGCAGCAAAUGUGUUCAGCUCUCCAUCACUGGAACAGUUCUUUGGAUGUGUUUGAUGCUUCACCAGUAAAACGUCAAAGUAUAAACCUAAAAAAUAGAUUUUUCUUUAUGUUCAAACUGAUUAUAGCUCAAUGUUCUCUAGAAACCCUUCUGCAGUUGUUGAUUUUCCAAUGAGAAGUGGCCACAAAUUCCAUUAUUUUGUUUAAAUUUUUGCAUUAGAUCUGGUCAUAUGUGAACCUUUUUUAGACUGGAAAUUUCGCUAAAAGGAUUGAUUGUAUGUAAUUUGUAUCAGUUACAGGAUUCGUAAUCGUUGACAAUAA